AUGACUUCAGAACAUAGUGUCCUGCCUCACACAUGUGAGCACUGUCAGCGCAUCCUCCUCGAUAAGCCCGUCAAAAAGGAGGUAUACGGUCAAUACGAUGUGACGCUUCCCCACACCCGAGGCGAGGUGUAUCAAGCUGUGCAAGCAGGCUGCCCGCUAUUCUCUCGCUAUCCAAAGUUUCCGUUCUUUGGCCUUUCUGUGGCACAGUCGCUUGAUCCAAAUUCAUGGCAGCCAUGGUUUGAUCAGCCCCAGUUCCUACGGUUCGAGGGUUGGCAGCGCAGAUCUGCGUUAAUGCUUGCCAAGAGCAUGCUGAACCCUUAUGAUCAACCAUUUGAGAUAUCUUAUAAUACAGAAGGUGAUUUUAGUCUGCGGUGUCUAAGUUGGGUGAGCGAGGUUGAUACUAUGAGGAUUGUGGCCCCGCCAGAAGAUCCAGCUGCUCAAGACAUUGUGUUCAGACCUAUCAAAGAGCAAGUAGAUGUGGAAGAGACCUUCGCGUUUCUGCGGUCCCAGAUCCAGGAAUGCUACUACACGCAUUGCCACCAAGGAACUUGCCCUCCGCCAACCGGCGGCUUCGCACCUCGGCGGGUAAUCCGCAUCGGUGGGUCGACAAAUCCCCCAAGUCUUCGACUUUAUGCCCCGGAAGUGGGCGAAGAGGUCCAAUGGUGCGCUCUCAGCUACUGCUGGGGUGGGCAGAACCAGAGCGUCAUGACCACCCUUGCCACGCUUCAAGAAAGAUACGACGGUAUCGACUUUGGAAGCCUUCCAAGGACACUCCAGGAUGCCAUCACCACAACGCAUCGUCUUGAAAUCCAGUACAUCUGGAUAGACAGCCUUUGCAUUGUACAAGAUGACGGCAAUGAGAAGGCCCAAGACAUUGCCCAGAUGGGCGACGUCUAUAGCCUAGCGUACAUCACACUAUCUGCAUCAAGCGCCUCGACUGUUACAGAAGGGUUUCUUCAAAACCGUUCUAUACCUCAGCCUUUGACCCCAAUCGCCCUUCGAUACGUCAACGAAUCCGGGGUUGAGGGCACCAUCAUUGCGACUUCAGAGCCAAUCCCUGAAGGUAUGCCUGAUCCGAUCAAUUCAAGGGCAUGGACUUUUCAGGAGCGCGUCUUAUCACCAAGGCUUGUGGAUUUUUCCUCCACUCAAGUGCGUUGGAGAUGUAACUCGGCUGAGAGAUGUGACUCUGGGUGUCCGCCUAGGACGACAUGGAAGGUACAUUUUGAGACCAGCUGGGUCGUUGACGGCACAAGUAACCCUUCGCGCACUUUGACGGAUAUUCAAGAGCAAUGGAACCAUCUUGUCACAGCUUACUCGCAACGAAAUCUGACAUAUCCUGCGGACAAGCUUAUUGCCUUCUCAGCUAUUCCCAAGACGCUUGGCAGACCUGGGAGAUAUCUGGCUGGACUGUGGGAAACAGAUUUGCCAUGCAAUCUCCUGUGGAAAGUCACUCAUCUUUGGUUUCCAUCGUCUGGAACCGUCGACAAGCGAAAAGCUAAACUCGAAACCUAUCAUGCGCCUUCAUGGUCAUGGGCCUCGGUUGAUGGAGAGGUCGAAUGCAAGCUUGGUGUCGAAUCGUCAAUGCCUGAAGCUACUUGCGAAGUUCUGGAUGUGCAAGUCGACUUGGCCAACGAUGAUGCACCGUUUGGUGCCGUGGUUUCUGGAUACAUCAUCAUCAGGGGCAAUACGAGACACGCUGUGUUCUAUCCUUCGAUGAGUGAGCUGUUCUUUUAUGAACCUGGAACAGAAGAGGGAGAUGAAGAACGUCAGACGGCCAGAUACGAGGGCUUUGCCGAUUGCAAACCAGAUAAGGAUAUGACAGCUGCCCAGAGUCCAUCAGUCAACGUGUGUUGUCUACAUAUACGGAAUUUUGGAGGUCGCGGAGAGGGCUUGCUUCUCGUCGAGGACGGUAAACACAAUGUCUUUCGUCGUAUUGGACACUUCUACUGGAAUCUAGAAGACUUGGGAAAUUCGUUUCAGUCUUCGGAAAAUGCAGAAGUUAUGGUCGUGUAA